AUGUCGUUGGCCACAAAAUUACGCCGUCAUCGCAAGCAACCACCCGAGGGAUGGGAUUUGAUUGAGCCCACUUUGGAGGAAUUUGAAACAAAAAUGCGUGAAGCUGAAACCGACCCCCAUGAGGGCAAAAGGAAGACCGAGGCUCUUUGGCCAAUUUUUCGAAUUCACCACCAACGCAGUCGCUACAUCUACGAUCUCUACUACAAACGCGAAGCAAUCAGCAAAGAGUUGUACCAGUUUUGCCUUGAUGCCAAGAUUGCUGAUCAUCAACUGAUGGCCAAAUGGAAGAAACAAGGAUUUGAGAAUCUAUGUUGUUUGAGGUGUAUUCAAUCCAGAGACACAAACUACGGGACGAACUGCAUAUGCCGUGUCCCAAAAGCUAAACUAGAUGCCGAUCGAGUCGUCGAGUGUGUUCAUUGCGGAUGCCGUGGUUGUUCUGGA